CAUUUUUUUUCCCCCCUUUUUUUGUAUUUAAUGUGAACCUUUGAUACAUAACAUUUAAGAAAUGCCACCUUAUAGUGUCUUCAUAUUUUCAACAAUGGUUCUAUUGUGAAUUCUCUCCAUACUAUUCCACAUGGCACUUUUUUUGGAGAAAGUGAGUCAAUUUUGUAAACCCUUCAUGAUAAGAAGUUGAUGUUUUAGGAUAGUUUUAUCAAAUAGAAUGUUACAUCUUUGUUUUAUUUUGGGCUUUGGCUCCUCUGGUUAAUAUCCUUUCUCUAUUAGUAAUGCGGUUUAGGAUAUAAGCUUAAGGGCAUUUGUUUACAGUUUUGAUAGUAUGAGCUGCUGAAUGUAAUAGUUUAUAUGAUACCCUUGCUCCCUUUUCGACCCCCAAUCCCUCCUUUGAACAGUCUUGUUUUUAAUCUCAGAAAUUAUGCCUUAUUACAGAGCAAAGUGCUUUUCUUUUAUUAUUUUAAGAUUUCAGUUACAAAGUGCUGCAUUAUCUGGUAAGUGUAAAGCUGAAGAUGAAGGCAGAGAUAUUUAACUCUGUACAAAAAUGGUUGGUGCUUCCGGCAAGAAUGCAAAUUGAUAGCUGUAUACUUGUACAGGCAAGAAGAUUCUUCCUGGGAAAGCGAGAACAGGACAGAUGGCAGGAUUUUGUUCAUGAUGCUGUUUACAAGAAAAAGCAUGACAAAGGACUGCAAUUCGGGGAUCAUUUUCUACUUCUUGAAGGCACCUGGGGAUCAUUCUUUGCUAUUAUUAUCGAACUCGUGCACAAGAUUGGUUUGACCAUAAAAGACCUAAACACUCAUCAUUCUCCAUUUUAA